GUGAAAUCCGGUUCUAACCGGUCCGGGGCUCCCAGCGCUAUAAAAACUUUAUAAACCCCCCGGAGCCCGAGCAGUGCGAGGAGGAGGACGCGGGAGCGACCCCCGGACCGCCCGGACCCCGCCGACGCGCCCGUGCCCGCCAACGCCACCAUCAUGCCCAAGAGAAAGGCCGAAGGAGACGCUAAGGGUGAAAAAGCCAAGGUUAAGGAUGAACCCCAGAGGAGAUCAGCGCGGUUGUCUGCUAAACCGGCCCCACCCAAGCCAGAGCCCAAACCGAAAAAGGCACCCGCAAAGAAGGGGGAGAAGUUACCCAAAGGGAAGAAGGGGAAGGCUGACGCCGGAAAGGACGGCAACAAUCCUGCAGAAAACGGAGAUGCCAAAACAGAGCAGGCACAGAAAGCUGAAGGUGCUGGAGAUGCCAAGUGAAUUGUGUGAAUUUUUGAUAACUGUGUACUUCUGGUGACUGUACAGUUUGAAAUACUAUUUUUUAUCAAGUUUUAUAAAAAUGCAGAAUUUUGUUUUACUUUUUUUUCUUUUCCUUUUUUUUUUUUUAAGCUAUGUUGUUAGCACAAUGCUUCGUUGAUGUCUGGGGUGGGGGCGGGCCGGGGAGGGCCAAUCUCACCGGUCCACUGUCUCCGAAGGCAGGUUGCAAUGGAAAGGGGAGUUUUCCAACCUGUCUUUUGAGAGGAGGAGUGUCCGGAGAGCGAGCGAGUCUCCGGUACUCCCAACACGUCAUACACAUCGGCAGCCACCCCAGGGGGAUGCCGGGGGUUGGGGGGGGCACUCUAGGAGACAGGAAUUUCUAAGAUUCCGGUUCGACCACCCUCUUCCCCCUCCCCACGUCUGCUGUGUCAACGUAGAGCUCGCUCCCCCAGUGCCAGAAGCCUGACGGGACCUCUCCCUCCCACCCAUCCAUCCACCCACCCACCACCAAAUUUGAGCUUGUUGGGUCCCGGGGCGUCGGCCGAUCUGGACUUCCCGGCUGGCCGCUGAGGUGGGGUGUAAGGCCAGGGAGAGCAGGCGCAGUAGUUUCCCUUUUUAUAGUGUGGACCUUCUACUAAGAAUUCUGCAGUUUUACUUUUGUUUCCUCAAAGUCAGGGUAGGCUCGUGAAAAGUUGUUAAACAACAUGCUCAGUGUGAACGUGUCCACCCUCACUCUAAACUUUCCCCGUUCAAAGUAGGAGAUGAAGGCUCUUCAUUGGUUUUCUAGUGACUUGACGUUUGCGAUAGCCCGAGGAGGAGGAGGAGAGCUUGAAAGUUGUUGUAUACUGGGUGCAGAGUGUAGCCCAUGUUCUGCCUGAAUUACCAUGAUUGUUUAUGAAAAGUACCUUUAAUAAAGCUGCAUACCGUUUGGCUUGGA